AAUAGAAAAUGGCGGCGUUCCGUCGAAGUGUGUGCGAAAUUCUCCGGUCAAGUAUAUGCCCAAAAGUCGCUUCUCCACAAGUGACAAGGACAGGUUUGUGCUUAAGGACAUGCUCAACGUCUGUGGGAAACAACACGCCAAAAGCUUACAAGUAUUUUAGGGACAGCGGGAUUGUUGUAGGGUGUUUUGCGUGGGGUUAUGUCAUCGGCAAGUUUGGAGCUCCGUACCUCUGGCCAAGCACGGAUUCAGAAGAAGAGAAAAGUUCGAUUGUGAAAAAGGUGGACGCCGCAGAGCCCUUUUAUGGAGGCGAGGGGUACGGAGGGAUACCGAGGUCCAAACAGUUUAACUUCAUCGCUGAUGUUGUGGAAAUCGCGUCGCCGGCCGUGGUUUAUAUAGAAAUCCAGGGAAAGAAUCCAUUCACAGGGGGUCGAGCCCCCACCUCUAACGGCUCUGGCUUCAUCGUACGAGAGGACGGUCUGGUGGUGACCAACGCUCAUGUCGUGGCCAACAAGAGGUUUGUGAAGGUCCGACUGCAGGACGGGAGGCUGCUGGACGGAGCCGUGGUACUCGUGGAUCAGGCUGCAGACAUCGCAGCUGUCAAGAUCCUCAACUGCAAUACGACACUGAAAACCGUGAAGCUGGGUAACUCGUCCACCCUGCGGCCGGGGGAGUGGGUGGUUGCCAUGGGGAGCCCGCUGUCGCUUAGCAACACCAUCACGGCGGGCGUGAUCAGCUCGGUCCAGAGGGGCAGCCGUGAGCUGGGGCUCAGGCACAACGACAUGGACUACAUACAGACAGACGCUGCUAUCAAUUUCGGUAACUCAGGCGGCCCACUGGUGAACCUGGACGGGGAGGUCAUUGGGGUCAACACCAUGAAGGUCACGACCGGGAUCUCCUUUGCUAUUCCCAUCGACAAGGUCAAGGACUUCUUGAAAAGUGUUGAAGAGAAGGAGAAAGCCCAGAAAGGCUGGUUCGGCCGGGGACAGGUGGCCCCUCCUGCGCCGCCCAAGAGGCGCUACCUUGGUGUAACCAUGGUUACGCUGACACCCAACAUCAUCAUGGAGCUGCAGGAGAGGAGAACAGACUUCCCUGACGUGAGGGCCGGAGUCCUGGUGCACAGGAUCAUCGUGGGAUCGCCCGCUUACAGUGCGGGUAUUCGUCCUGGAGACGUCAUCACCAGCAUCAACGGUCGUCAGGUGACGUCUGCGCGAGACAUUUACGACGCCGUGAACAGCGGACAGCAGCUGAAGAUCACCUGUCACAGGGGGAGGACUGUGCAUCAUCUGCAGGUCACGCCUGAGGAGGCUGACUGAGGGUUUUUCGGGGGAUAUCUAUCUACUGAAAAUAUUGUCCGUUACUAACUCCUAGUCGGAAGAAAGAAUUUGAUACACUCUGACUUCUUUUUUGUAUUUGAUGUGUUACUUUGAUGUGCAUGAAAGUGCUAGACAAAUACUAGAUAUGUAAGUGAAAAGGGUCAUGUUCUUGUACUUAACUGUGGCCAACUAUUCAAGAUUAAGUGUAAACUUAAAAGUAAAUGUGUACAAGGACAAGCUGAUUACUCCUACAGUACUGAUGAAUUAAGUACAUCACGUUCAGUGACUUGACUGUCAGCUCAGGCAAAUUUGCUGUAAAUACAACUGUAAAUAUGUUGUGCUUGUCAUUUUGUUGCAGCCUGCCAGUUUGUUUUGGUCUGAAUUUCUUGUUCAUGUUUACUGAAUCAGCUUAAAUAUUCUUGAAGUAUAUUUUGAUAACACAUGAAUUAAGCAAGAUCAUGGUGGCAUCUCAUUCAUUCCAAAUUAAGAAAACAAGCUUUGCCCAAGUACAAACUUUUCAAGCAUAUGCAUUGAAAGCAGGCGAAGUCAUUAACCAGUGACUUAAUGCAUGUAUUAUUGAUUUUGGUUGCAAAUGUUGCCAUUUAAAUGCAUGAGAAUUGUACCAACAGGGCCCCAGAAGUUGUUCAUUAAAGAAACAAUGUCAUUCUUUGCUUGCUGUCCUUGGACUGCAUUGCUAACGAAGCUUGUAUUGAUGAUCCAUUUAAGAGCUUUGUGUUGAGUGA